AUGCACCGCCGCGUCAGUUUAUCGGAAUCAAGGUGCCAGGAACUGCGGUUCGAGGCGAAAGGUCAACGAGGUAUCGGAUACUAUGCAGUUCAAAAUGAUGGUGAGGACCCGAGGGUCAUCGACCGACCUACCGACAGAUUGACGACCGAUGAUCAGCCGACGGACCGACUGACGGCGUUGCUCGGUGAUAUCGACUUUCGCACACAUGCCGCCGUCGAAGUGAAGUCGUCGAAGUCUCGAUCCGUCGUUCCUCCGUCCGUCGUCUGCCCGUACGUCCUCGUGUUCCUCAACCGACGACGGCGUGCGGUGCUGGACGAGUCAGACGACGGCCGGCCUCCCACAUCACUGACGGAUGCAGGUGGCCGCAGGCAAAAGGUCGGUCGACGGACGUUCGGCGGACCAGGUCUGCUCGGCGGCGGCCGACGGCCGUCAAUUACGUCGUCUCGUGAUACGUGGUGCCUGGCAAUGGUCGUCGACGAUGGUUGGGUUAACAGCGCAGUUGUUGACCUACGCGGCGGUGGCAUCGGUCGAUACACGUUUAGUUGGCCGAUCACGGUGUGGCGCCUUCGUCUUUCGGACAUCCCGUCCGUCCUGACGGCCGUCAGCAGAGGUUUGCUUUGGUCAGCAGGUUGUGGUCGAUGUGCGAGGCUCCGGUCCAGCAGCCGAGUCGAUCUGGUUCUGGUUUCGUCGGUGGCCGCGGUGGUCGGUCAGAGGUCAGUUGUGCUUGGCUAG